UCAAGCCGAAAAAGCAACAAAAAAAUUAAACUACUCUCAUCAAAUCAAUCGAAUCGAAUUUGUUAACAACAGUUUAUUCGGCGGUUUAUUUUUUAUUGGCGCAACAAAAAUAAGAAAUAAUAUUAGCCUAUAAAAUAUUAAAACAUAAAAAACAUUCAUAUAUCAACGGCAACACUUACUAUGUGCGCACAACCCACGUAAUAAAUCUACCAAUACAAAACCACACCAGCAGAGCCAGCAGAGCUCCAACGAUUACUGCCGAGAGUGUCUCUAUCCCCAAAUUGCAGCAGCAGUAGCGCGCAGUCGAAUUUUGUUGUCUGCCAUGAAGAGUGCACAGCACAUCACACGACGAGACGAAUAAAAGAAAAACCCGUUUCCACCAUCGCCAUUUAUCAAUGAAAUUUAAUAAAAUUAAGUUUAUAAAUUGAAAUUGUUUAUCACAAAUCGAGUGAGCAAAGAAUCAACCAAUCAAUCGUUCAUUAUUAAAUAAUUAAUUGUGCAUUGGAAGAAGAAUUGUAAUCAAUCGGCGCUUGGGGCCUGUCAUAAGUGAGAUUUAAUUUGUGUUUAUCUAUCUAUAUUUUUCCCUGUUAUCCAAACCCAGGGCUCCGCUUUUCGUUUCGUUGUCCCUUUACGUUUUUCCAUACGAAAAAGAAAAAGGGCGGUGUCGUCGUCAUUGUGUUCAGUUGAGUUUUUAUUCUUUCUUUGUUAUUAAAUUUUUCUUCGGUGUACACAACAACAAUCUUUUGUGCGGAUUUUGUUUAAACAAAAAGAGAAAGAAUAAAAGAGUGUCGUUUUUUUUCAAAAUUGAGAUUUUCCAAAAAUUGAAAAAUGCAAUUUUCUUUGAAGAAAAAAUCUAAAAUCUCACAAAAUCCCUUCCUCAUCCCAAACAACAAAAUCGUCAACGUCGUCCUCGUCGCCGCGUUUGUGUUGGUCUCUACCACUGUCGAAGUUUUAUGUAUUCAGUGAAGAAAAUUCACUCUUCUCCUGAUUCACAAAAAUACAAAAAAUUUGUUUAUAUUUAUUUUUUAAAAUAUACCUUUUAUUCGAUUGUCCAAUUAUUAAAAAUUUGAAAAAUUGUAAAUUAUAUUAAAAUCAAUUUUAAAUGCGCCUCUCAACUAACACCACACCAUCGAGCAUGGCUGAGAAAUCCAGUAAAUUGGAAAAGCUAUCGUCUUCGGGAAAUAUGAAUGUCGGUGGCAGCAACACUGGCGGUGGGGGAGGUGGAGGCAGUGGUAGCGGUGGAAAACCGGUGCCAAUGAAGCUGUUUGCUGCCUGGGAAGUAGAUCGUACACCGCCAAAUUGCAUACCAAGACUCUGCUCGCUGACAAUAACGAGAUUAUCAAUAUUGACACCUUUGCCUGGGGACAUGACAUCCUUGUCGUUGGCUGUCAAAAUGCAAAGCUCCAAACGUACUCUACGCUCUCAUGAAAUUCCAAUAACGCAAAACCUCAGUGGAUCUCAAUUGGGUAAUAAUGUGACUAGCUCAGGUGGGGGUGGUGGGGGAGGUGGUAGUGGAAGUGGUGCAGUGCAACAACAGCAACAACAACAAGGAAAUAAUCAAAUGAACUCGAUGGGAGGUGGCUCGAGUGGUGCCAUUGGUAGUGGCAGUGGCCCUGGAGGUGGCGGUGGUCAGAUCAAUUCAUCACAUCACAGCAAUAAUGGUGGAUUGGGAAUUGGAAUAGGUGGUGGCAACUCGAAUUCGAGCUCCGGUUGUAACCUUGGCAACAUGAACAAUAUCAUGGGUGGAAUGAAUAGUAUUCCACUGGCUGAGACCGAACUUGAUUUGCACUUUAGUCUUCAGUACCCGCAUUUUAUUAAAAGAGAUGGAAAUAGGUUGGUGAUAUUGCUGCAACGUCGUAAGAAAUAUAAAUCACGCACAAUACUUGGUUAUAAGACACUAGCAGAAGGUAUAAUUCGCAUGGAUGCUGUGCUACAAAAGUCCAUGGAUAUGACAGUUGAAUUGAUUGCGUCAGGAAAGAACGGUAGACCGGGCACAAGUGUAGCCAGUUUGAGAGCCGAACGUGUUUCAUCCAUUCCAGUUGAUCAUGACAAUAAAAAUAACAAUAGUGUGAUGUUAGCAGAUCGUGUGGCAGAAUACUCAGACGAGGACGAAGAAGGCGAAUUCAGUUCGGGUGAAUUUAAUGAUGAUGGCACAGAUUUGGGUAUAACCGGGUACGAUCCGAAACGUGAUUAUGCCCAAUCGAAGCAUGAUAUGCGCAAAUAUCGUAAAUUACAGAGAUCAGAAGUUGAGGAUGUUGCAUUAGGUACAAAUCCAGUUGAUAGUGAUAGUGAAUUCGAAAUGAAGGAUAAAAGUUCAUCAAGGGCGAAAAUCAGCCGGACAAUUUCGUUGCAACAACGUAAUUUCAAGCAAAAAAUUGUUGCUCUGCUAAAGCGUUUCAAAGUUUCUGAAGAAUUAGAUGGUGGUGUUACACGUGGACCAUCAUCGUUGCGUGGCGAACGUGAUUUGGAUGCCCUAUUUCAGGAAUUGGAAUCUCUAUCGUGUUGUGAAGGCGAUGAUUCUGGACCAGAUAUGGACAGUUUGUCAAUUGGUUCCACACCAAAGCCAUCAUUGAGGCCAUUUUUUACGAAUUCCCGAAUAAUGUUACACGAUUCUGGCACAGGCAACUUGGAGAGAAGGUCCUCUGACAAAAGUGAUCCAACAUCGAUUAAUAAUGAUAAUAAGAAAAACCAUACCUUUAAUAAUAACAAUUUAGCCUCGACACCAGAUCGAUGUCCUGAAUUCCGUAAUGAUAGCUCUGGCAAUGAAGCUAAUGCUGGCAACACAGAUGGCCAAACAUCAGAUCCACAAAAUAGUCCACCACGUGAAAAAGACUUUUUGCAAAAUGCUUUCAAUAUGACACCGGUGACGCCAGGUCCUCCAGUUACUGUGUUAUCUCAACCGCCGCCGCCCAGUGAAAAACGUAGUCGUCUUUUUCGGACUUCUAGCAGUACUCCGGGCGGCGGCAAGCAAAAAAAGCAAUCCUUGAGUCUGACAGCUGAACCGCGAUCAGUAUUAGAGACAUGUUUGUCUCCAACAAAUGUUGAGCCGAGGAAAAUGCUCCUCGAUCAAUUGAGUAAAGUAUUUGCAACCGAUGAAUCCGUUAUUCCGGAUGUGGUGACAAUAAUAAGCCCCCCGGAGGCUCUGGUCAGUAUAAGUUGGGCCAGUAAGCUAACACAGCUAUUUGCAAAUACAUUCAAGCCCGCAUUUUUGCCCCAAAAUACAGCAGAAGUGAAGGCUGUGCUUCAAGCGCUCAUGGGGAAAAUACAAAAAUAUUGCAACUCGAAUGCCAAACCUCCGACAACGGUGAAAAUUCUUCUUUUAGGAGGAGAUUGGUUGCAAGGAGCUGCAUUACGACACUAUGUAGAAUUGCUGGGCGUGAGGCCACCCGACUGGGUAAAUCAUCUACGAUUUUACAUUGUUCCUAUCGGCAGUAGUACCAUAUCACGUCAUCUAAGCUCAGUCGAUCAGUCAUAUUGCGCAAUGUUCGGCACAGAACAUUGGUAUCAAUUGUGCGAACGUGCCGCAGCAACUGCGGCAGCUGUAACUGCCGUUGCGACAGUAAAUGCGCAAUCAAUUUCUUCAUCACUAAACGAUCCGAUGGCAAUGAAUAAAUCGGAUAUUGUUGAACUGAUUAAUCGAGUACAAAGGUACUUACAUGCUGCUGGUCCUUGCACACAGAUUCCUAUCGCCGAAGCAAUGGUUAAUUACAAAGAUGAAGACUCUUGUCAGAUCUUUGUUCCAUUUGUUAGUGAUGUCCGAAUUGGUUAUGCCGAUGGACCACAAGUUUCAUUAGAUCUCGAAGAAUCAUUACAAUUGGCACAGCAACAAGCUGCUGGUAAUGCUGGUGGCAAUAGUGGAACUGGCAUUCUAUCAAGUUCUCCUCCAUUGAGUGGAAGAGUAUCGCCGCCAUUGCAAACGCCACCAUCAAAUCAAACUACAGCUGCUGCAUCUGCACAUGAAUCAGUUGAAUUGCAAGUUGAUUAUUGGCCAAUAAUGCGGCCAUUAGAUGCAAAAGAAAAGAGCAUAUCAAAAGGUGGGGAUCAGGGGAAAAAUAGUAUCAAGAGUUCGUUUAGAAAUUUACAAGUGUGGCGGUUACCGCAAAAUGCUCAAAUUGGUGAGAUUUCAAAUGGACUGACUGUUAGUUUUGCAACGAAAGAGAAAAAACAAAAAAUAAUGCGUUUAGGUAAGAAGAAGGAGAAGGAUCGCGAUCUCGAAAAAGAACAAUGCGUUGAAGGUGUUGCACGAUUAAUUUGUUCACCAAAACAGUCACAUCCAGUUCCAUUAAGAGUUUAUAUCGAUGGAACAGAAUGGACUGGCGUUAAGUUCUUCCAAUUAUCAUCACAAUGGCAAACACAUGUUAAAAAUUUUCCAGUUGCUCUAAUUGGUUAUACGCCAAUGUCCUGUUCAGAGCUAUCCUAGUCAUUUUAAAUAAAAAUAAAAUAUACAUAUUAUAUAUAAUAACUACAUUACGUCAUAUAAACCGAAAAUGUUUUAAAAAUUAUAAAUCAAUAUAAACAAUAACAUACACAAUAAAAAAUUAAAAUUUAAUCAUAAUAUGUAUUUAAACAAAAAACAAAAAAAAAUAUAAAAUCAACAACAACAAUACGAACACACAAAAACAAAAAUAAAAUUUAAAACGACCUACCAGUGAAAAACAAAAACAACAAAAAUAAUUUACAAUAGCAAUUACAAUUUAAGCCACAAUAAUUUUGCAAAGCUUGACUAUCUUAAACAAAAAAAAAAAAAAAAAUCAUCCAUAUAAAUAAAAAUAUUCAAAGUUAUCCCACAGAUACCA